AUGCUGCAGGCGCAGAGGGCCGCCCGGAGGGUGCUAGGCCGCGGCAGGCUCACCCUGGCGGGCACCAACAUUGUCGGUUUGGAGGGCUUGGUGUGCAGGCCCUACUCAGACACCGCCUCCUUCCCAUACGAGACCAAGGAGACUCUGGACAUCUCUGUGGCUCGGUCUCGCGGCGUGGACGUGCUACACGACCCCGUGUUCAAUAAGGGCACAGCGCACCCGCUGGUGGAGCGGGAGCGGCUUGGCCUGCGCGGCCUGCUGCCGCCCCGUGUGCUGUCCAUGGAGCAGCAGAAAGCGCGGGCCAUGGACCGCUACUGGCACGGCCAGGACUACAUAGACCCCUCGCAGAUUGAGAGCGGCGGCGUGACGCACGAGCACACCCGCAAGUGGCUGUACCUGCAGGAGCUGCAGGACCGCAACGAGACGCUCUUUUACCGCCUGCUGUGCGAGAACUUCGUGGAGAUGGCGCCCAUCAUCUAUACCCCCACCGUGGGCUGGGCAUGCAUGAACUACCACAAACUGUACCGCCGCCCGCGUGGCAUGUACUUCAGCGCAAACGACCGAGGAGAGAUGGCGUCCAUGGUUUGGAAUUGGCCCCACGAGAAUGUGGAUGCCAUCGUCGUGACCGACGGCUCCCGCAUCCUGGGACUGGGCGACCUCGGUGCCAAUGGCCUGGGCAUCCCCGUGGGCAAGCUGGACCUGUAUGUUGGAGCCGGCGGCUUCAACCCGGGCCGCGUGCUGCCCUGCGUCAUCGAUGUGGGCACCAACAACGAGCUGCUGCGCAACGAGCCCUGGUACAUGGGCCUCAAGCAGCCCCGCCUGCACGGCGACUCUUACUACGAGAUCAUCGACGAGUUUGUGCACGCGGUGAUGGGCCGCUGGCCCAAGGCGGUGCUGCAGUUUGAGGACUUCAACAUCGAGCACGCCGCCCCGCUGCUGGAGCGGUACCGCUACAGCCACUGCGUGUUCAACGAUGACGGCACUGCCGCCACGGCGGUGGGCGGCCUGUACGGCGCGAUGGCGGUGGCCGGCAAGCCGCCGUCGGCGCUGGCGGACCAGAAGUUUGUGGUGCUCGGCGCGGGGUCGGCAGGCAUGGGAGUGGUGUCCAUGAUUGCGCAGGGCAUGGUGAAGCAGGGUCUGUCCCCCGAGGAGGCUUCCAGCCGCUUCCACGUGCUGGACCAUCACGGUCACAUCACACACAAGCGUCCCAACCUUGAGCCACACGUCCGGCCCUUUGCCCGCAAGGAUGACAGCCCGGAGGGCGAGCCAUUCCUGGAGGUGGUGCGCCGCGUGAAGCCCACCGCCCUCAUCGGCCUGGCCGGCGCGGGCCGCCUCUUCACUCCUGACGUGCUCAAGCUCAUGGCGCAGUACAACGAGCGCCCCAUCAUCAUGCCCAUGAGCAACCCCACCAGCAAGAUGGAGUGCACGCACGAGGAUGCGCAGAAGUACUGCGAGGGCCGCGCCAUUUUUGCCUCGGGCUCCCCCCAGCCCGACGUGCAGCUCAACGGCAAGCUGUGCGCCGCUAGCCAGGCCAACAACAUGUACAUCUUCCCCGGCCUCGCCAUGGGCGCCUACCUGGCCCGCGGCAACAUCGUCACAGACGGCAUGCUGAUGGCGGCGGCAGAGAGCCUGGCCGACAUGAUCACUCCACAGGAGCUGGCUGCUGGGCGGGUGUAUCCCAACAUGAACAAGAUCAGGGACAUCUCCCUGAAUGUGGCAUUGGAGACGAUGAAGGCGGCGGCGGAGGAGGGCCACCUGCACAACCCCCAUGCGAUGCGGGAGUUGUCGCGCGGCGACGACCACCUCAGGCGGUACAUCCAGAAGCACAUGUACACAAACCUGACUCUGAAGCCGGAGGGCUACUUCCCUUGCCUCAACAACUCCAGCUGA